GAGAGAGAAAGAGAGUGAGUGAGCCCGAGUGUUGUUUACAGCGGUGAUCCUCGGAGCAGCACACACACACGCACGCACGCGCGCGCGCGCACACAGAUCACAGGAGUCUGGGCCGCUGCAGUGCAGCUCGUGCCGCCGCAAAGACCUUCAGCACCUAUCAGUAUAAUAACAACAACAACAACAAAUCGUUUCUAUUAGUCGACGUGGAAAAAUCAUCCGCAAAGCUCGGUGUUUAAAACGGAUUAUUUCUACUGCAGGAGGAGGAGGAGGAGGAGAAAAAAAAAAUAUCCAGGUCGUGAGAGCGAUCGCAGACGGAGGGAGGGAGAAGGAGAGGAGUUGCAGUUGGUCGAAACCAUUUUUGUCCUGGCGGAUAUUUUGGAUGUGGCCCUAUUGGGAAGCUCAUUGAACGGAGGGGCUACGUGUUUUCAUUCAUAGCCCAUCCAAGUGAUCCUCGGCUGAACCCUGAGCGCGCUGGUUUCCUAUCAACAACGGUGGCAAUUAGGCCGUGGAGGAAAAAUAAAUACAUGCAUAUACAAAUAAAUUAAUAAUCCCAGUGCGUUUCGAGUAGUGCAUUUCAGUGUUGGAUGAGAGAUUAUAGAUCUUUUUUUUUUAUCCGGUUGCCGAGUGUGAAGUGAACUCGCUCUGCGUUCUGUGGGUUUUUUUCCUUCUCUCCGAGAAAUGGAGGCUGAAGAUGCGGAUUGUCGUGCGUGUGAAAUGCACGGCUCGAGACGGUUCAGAUGUCCCAGGCGUUGGCAGGAAUAAUGAGGCUUCGUUGAUAUGAAUGCGUUCUCGACACGAAGAUUUUGAUCCCCUGUCCAAGUCUGUCCAUCUUGCAACAAUUUUUUUUCCUUUAGUGAAUAUAAAAAAGACGGAGAUCGGAGCUGUUUUCUUCUUUAAAUGUGUACUGUUUUUUUUUAAGAUUAUCUAUUUAUUUAUUCAUGUGGAACAAGGUCUUUCUGUUGUUCAGAAACCCGUUAAAUGCGACAGGAAUGAGAUCAGGAACAACAAGAAAUAUUUCGACCUUCUUCUGGGGUCUGGUGCUGUGUGUGGGCACGAUGCGCCAGACCGCCAGCGGACAGAUCGGAGAGAUCUGUGGUCCUCACAUUGAUAUCCGCAAUGACAUCAGUGAGUUCAAGAAGCUGGAGAACUGCACAGUGGUGGAAGGCUACCUGCAGAUCCUCCUGAUAGGAGACAAAAACCACAACCCUCAUCAGGAGUUUAGAAUGCUUAGCUUCCCCAAGCUCACCAUGGUCACAGACUACCUUCUUCUCUUCCGCGUGGCCGGCCUUGACAGCCUCAGCACGCUCUUCCCCAACCUCAGUGUCAUCCGAGGACGCAACCUGUUCUACAACUAUGCCCUGGUAAUCUUUGAGAUGAUCAGCCUGAAAGACAUCGGCCUGUACAAUUUAAGGAACAUCACACGGGGUUCCAUUAGAAUUGAGAAGAACCCAGAGCUGUGUUAUCUCGACUCGGUGGACUGGUCGCUCAUUAUGGAUGCAGAGUUUAAUAACUUUGUUGCUGGAAACAAGAUGUCCAAAGAAUGCGUCGAUGUCUGCCCCGGCAUUAUGGAGGAAAACCCUCAGUGCUUCAGGACCAGCUUUAACGGCAAUUAUAGCUACCGCUGCUGGACUUCCAGCCACUGCCAGAAAGCAUGUCUAUCAAAAUGUGAGGGUCAAGCCUGCACGGAUUCAGGCGAGUGCUGCCACCCACAGUGCCUGGGGAGCUGUACGGAAGCCGGAAAUGACAUGGCGUGUGCUGCCUGCCAGCAUUAUUCCCACGAGGGCCGCUGUGUGCCAGACUGUCCUCCUGGCACCUACCGUUUCGAGGGCUGGCGCUGCAUCACAAAGGAAGUAUGUGCCCAGGUCCACCUGCCCAGCGAAGUGGACUUCGUCAUCCACGAUGGCGAGUGCAUGCCCGAUUGUCCACCCGGCUUCACUCGCAAUGAGAGCCAAAGUAUGUUUUGUAGUGCGUGUAAUGGCCUCUGUGAUAAGGUCUGUGAAACUAAAACCAUCGACUCGGUGGAUGCUGCCCAGUCCCUGCAGGGCUGCACUGUCAUCAAAGGCAACCUGCACAUUAAUAUUCGUCGAGGCAACAACAUUGCUUCAGAGCUGGAGAGUUUCAUGGGCUUGAUUCAAACAGUGACUGGCUAUGUACGCAUCAAGCACUCUCACACUCUGGGCUCACUCUCAUUCUUGAAAAGUCUGCGCUACAUUAAUGGAGAGGAGCUUUUAGACCAAAUGUAUGCCUUCUCAGCACUGGAUAAUCAGCACCUACAGUAUCUGUGGGAUUGGAGCCAGCACAACCUUACAAUCCGUGCAGGGAAACUUUUCUUCCGCUCCAACCCUAAACUCUGCAUGUCCGAGAUUCGCAAGAUGUGGGAGAAGACCGGUGUGAGUGAGAAGAUGAAGGAAGAUGAUGUUCGCAACAACGGGGAACGAGCUAGUUGUGAAAGUCAUAUUCUAAAAUUCAAGUCCAACAGCACACAGAGCAAUCGAAUAAAACUAACCUGGGAACGCUACCGACCACCAGACUACAGAGAUCUCAUCAGCUUUAUAGUCUACUACAAGGAAGCGCCAUUUCAGAACAUCACAGAGUUUGAUGGACAGGAUGGCUGUGGGUCCAGUUGGACCAUGGUAGACGUGGACCUCCCACAAGAGAAAUCAUUGGAUCCAGGAGUUCUACUCUACCCAUUAAAGCCCUGGACGCAAUAUGCCAUAUUUGUGAAAGCCAUCACCCUGGUGAUGGAGGAUAAACAUGGAGCUAAAAGCGAAGUGGUCUAUAUCCGUACCAAAGCUUCGGAGCCCUCAAUGCCUAGGGAUGCCCGUGCAUAUGCAAAUUCAUCCAUGUCUCUAGUGGUGAAGUGGUCUCCUCCGGUUUCCCGAAAUGGAAAUUCUACCUUCUACCUUCUUCGCUGGCAACAGCAGCCUGAGGACCAUGAGCUCUAUCAGCACAACUACUGCUCAAAAGAACUGAAGAUCCCAAUCCGCAUCUCAGCCACAUCUCUGUCAGAAGUGGAGGAGGACACUAAGCCCACUAAAUCAGAUGUGGCUGGUGGUGAGAAAGGCCAGUGCUGUCCGUGUCCCAAGACCAACGAAGCCAUAAAGGCAGAGGCAGAGGAGCGUACCUUCAGCAAAGCAUUUGAGAACUUCCUCCAUAAUUCUGUAUUUACACCCAGACCACACAACAGCAGACGUCGCCGGGAGCUUUUUGUUGGGCUUGCUAAUGAUACAUUGUCACGAGGCUUGGGUCAGAACGUGACCGCAUUGGAAGGCAACAUGACUGAACCAGAGCUUACAGAGCGAGUGUAUCCAUUCCUGGAAACCACAUCUCAGACAGAGUUCAUAGAGAUCUUCAGCCUGCAACCAUUCACUAUCUACCGUAUAGACAUUCACGCAUGCAACCAUGAGGUCCAGCGAUGCAGUGCAGCAGCCUUUGUCUUUUCCAGGACCAAACCUGCAGAAAAAGCCGACAACAUUCCCGGCCUGGUGACCCAUGAGAUGGAUGAGAAGUCAGAAGGGACAGUUUUGUUGAGAUGGCCCGAACCUCCACAACCCAGUGGUCUCAUCCUCAUGUAUGAGCUCAAAUUUCGCCUGGGCUCAGAGCCUGAGAAGCAUGAGUGUGUGUCACGGCAACAGUACCGGGAUCUUAGAGGAGCACGGCUGACCAACCUCGGUUUUGGCAACUAUUCUGUCCGUGUGAGGGCCACCUCACUGGCAGGAAAUGGCUCCUGGACUGAGCCAGUCUUCUUCUAUGUACCUCAGUCCCAGAAAGCCUAUGACAAUAUGGUCUACCUAGCCAUUACACUACCUAUCAUAGUGCUGAUCCUAUUUAUCACUCUCAUCGUCACCAUCAUCUUUGUCAAAAAAAAGAGGAACAGUGAUAGAUUGGGAAAUGGAGUUCUCUAUGCCUCUGUAAACCCAGAGUACUUCAGUGCAGCGGAGAUGUAUGUACCAGAUGAAUGGGAGGUGGCUCGUGAGAAGAUCACUCUGAGUCGAGAGCUGGGCCAGGGUUCUUUCGGCAUGGUGUAUGAGGGCAUUGCGAAGGGUGUGGUCAAGGAUGAACCUGAAACCAGGGUGGCCAUCAAGACAGUUAAUGAAUCUGCAAGCAUGCGUGAACGCAUCGAAUUCCUCAAUGAAGCCUCUGUCAUGAAGGAAUUCAACUGUCAUCAUGUGGUACGGCUGCUGGGAGUUGUUUCACAAGGCCAGCCUACCCUUGUGAUAAUGGAGCUGAUGACACGAGGUGACCUGAAGAGCUACCUCCGCUCCCUGCGCUCAAAACAGCAAGGUUCAUGCAGCCAGGCCCUCCCGCCGCUGAAGAAGAUGAUUCAGAUGGCCGGUGAGAUAUCCGACGGCAUGGCAUACCUCAACGCAAACAAGUUUGUCCAUCGGGACCUUGCUGCCAGGAACUGCAUGGUGGCCGAAGACUUCACUGUUAAAAUUGGAGAUUUUGGCAUGACACGGGACAUUUAUGAGACUGAUUAUUAUCGGAAAGGAGGCAAAGGACUGCUGCCGGUUCGCUGGAUGUCCCCGGAGUCUCUAAAAGAUGGCGUGUUCACCACAAACUCUGAUGUCUGGUCAUUUGGGGUGGUGUUGUGGGAGAUUGCCACCCUUGCUGAACAGCCCUACCAGGGCAUGUCCAAUGAGCAGGUACUGCGCUUCGUCAUGGAGGGAGGCCUACUGGACAAACCAGAUAAUUGUCCAGAUAUGCUAUUCGAGCUGAUGCGCAUGUGCUGGCAAUACAACCCCAAGAUGCGGCCCUCCUUCUUGGAGAUCAUCAGCAGCAUCAAGGAGGAGCUGGAGCCGUCCUUCAGCGAAGUCAGCUUUUUCUACAGCGAUGAGAACAAGCCACCUGACACUGAGGGGCUCGACGUAGAUGUGGAGAACAUGGAGAACAUCCCGCUGGACCCGGCCUCCACCCUGACUCCUCCCUCCUCUCAGGGGCUUACAGAGACUGCUACAUUGCCUUCUGCCCCCAUGGCCUGCACCUCGGUUCCAACACCCUCCACCUCGCCCUCUUCCUCUACGGCAUCCCCAGCCUUGGACUCACACUUCGACACCACACAGCCGUACGCACACAUGAACGGCGGCCGCAAAAACGAGCGAGCGCUUCCGCUUCCACAGUCGUCGGCCUGCUGAAUCCCCCCAUGUGCACACGGUAUCUCCUCACCCAUGUUUGUGGUCACAUGUACUUGUGUUUUUUUCUCAGUCAAAGAGACAAACUCAAGGAGCAAAGGUGGAGUCAAUACACAGAUAGACAAUGUCCUACUGUAAAUCA